CUUCCAGACCAGCUCUUUCCUGGCUGGAGGUCUCAGCUGAUCGAGGCUGUCAGAGCCCAGGGCUGGCAGCUGCUUCUGCUGGGAGAAGGCAGGGGGGAGAAGAUCUUGUGCAGAGAGAGGCUGGGACUUGGCUGAGGUGGCUCCUGGGCUUUGAGGUGCACCUGUGACCCCGAGCCAUGUCCUGCUGCCAGCCCUGCAACCCUUGCUGCCAGCCCUGCGGCCCCUGCCCGCUGGCCAACAGCUGCAAUGAGUGCUGUGUCCAGCAGUGCCAGAGCUCCACCGUCGUCAUCGAACCCUCCCCAGUGGUGGUGACCCUGCCCGGGCCCAUCCUCAGCUCCUUCCCACAGAACACCGUGGUGGGAUCCUCCACCUCCGCUGCCGUUGGCAACAUCCUCAGCUCUGGCGGAGUGCCCAUCAGCUCCGGGGGCUUUGACAUCUCCUGCAUCACCAACUGCUAUGGUGGCAACAGAUGUCGUCCCUGCUAAAUCUGCUCUGGGAAUGUCUUUGGCAAGAGCAUCCAAGAUGCCAGAACCUGGUUCUGGGCAGAGAUAAAGCUUCUGGACAUUGUAUUUACAGCUUUGAACCAUUGCUUGCUUUUCCUAUUCUUCUCUCUUUGCUCUUUGUGUCUCCCCAGACCAGUCUCAUGUGGACCUCUCACCCUUCCUCCCUCUGCAGGGCAGUCCAAAGAACACCACAUGGGAGCUCCAUCUUAGUGGCUGCUCCUGGUGCUCUCUGUGCGCCAUCUCCUUUUCUUCUUUAGACUUAUUAAAGUUGCACUGCAUUUAA